AUGGGUCAUUUUCCUUGGCUAACCAAAAUGAGAGUUUUGCACAUAUCUUCGGGUUCUUCCAUUUAAUUUCUCCCUCAUAGAGGAAAUAAUAAGUAAGGUUAUACUCUAUUUAUCCCGGAACUCCUUCUAAUGACCUAUGCAUUCUGUUAUCAUUUCCAGUUAGACGAUCCAUUUACAAUUAUUGAGGUGCUUCAGCUUCAUCCGUGGGAUUUGGAGAAGCCUUCUAAGCCCGCUCUCGGUUCACGUCUUUCAAUCAAUCCCUUAAGUUAUUCCCCGCUUCUCUGGCGGGGUAGGAGCUUUAUUUGCUGCAGGAGUGAGAUGAUUUCGUUGCCCCAAGCCAGAUCUACUCAUUUAUUCGGAUGCUCUCAGGUGGGAAGGGGUCGUAUGAAGUCCAGAUAA